AUGUCGACUGCCCUCUCUCCUAGACGGCACUCUUCUUACAUAGUGGAGACCAAAGACUUGCCUGGGGACUCACUCAAGACACUAAUAGCUGAUCCAACAGCAAUAUGGCCCAACAAAACCGUACCUUACGAGUUUGCUCCCGGAGAGUUCAACUCGGCACAGCAGGCCCGUAUCUUGGACGCUCUCACGGACAUUAUGUCUGUCAGUUGCGUGAGGUUCGUGCCUCGCACCACCCAACCAGCCUACAUUGUACUGCGGAACAACGGACUGGGGUGUGCAGCUGCUGUUGGAUUUCAUAAUUAUGGACCAUUAGAUUUGUUCCUUGGCGGACCUUCGUGCCAAACUCGUGGAACGAUUCAGCACGAGUUCCUUCACGCUCUUGGUUUCUGGCACGAACACACGAGGCAGGACCGGGACCAACAUAUCACUAUUCUUUGGCAAAACAUCUUUCCAGGAAAGGAGUUCAACUUCUACAAGCGAGACCCGUCCGAGAUUAUGACUCUGAACACCCCUUAUGACUACAAUAGUGUGAUGCAUUAUCGGAACAUAGCCUUCUCCAAGGACUCAGUGAGCGAGACGAUCAUUCCGAAGAUGCCGGCCGCGGCUACCAGGAUGGGACAGAGGGUGCGGUUCAGCCAGAUAGACCUGGCAAAGCUCAACCGGUUCUACCAAUGUCCUCCUACAUAUUACCAUGGAGAUUAUUCUGUCAAAUCAGGAAACGAAGAUGAAGAGAUUGAUCCAAAAUCUCCAGAUCAAACUGAAGACGUGAUGCAAAUCUCAGCCCUCAAGGAAGACGAGGUGCAGAGCGUUAAGAGAGAAAAAGAAAACAAUGCUGCUGUUAAAUAG